AUGGGGAUCGGUUCACAGACGUGCCCGAUUGGUUUAUCCAUUCCCAAAUGGGUGUUCAAGACGUCAACAAUAGCACGUGCAAGUAAGUCACGUGAACAGCAGCGAUUCUGGGUUACUGCUGUACACUGUACUUCUGUCAUCUGUCUUCCAAAAUGUAUUUCAAUUUUGGUUUUACCCAUACACCGAUGUGUAUUCCAAAAAGUUAGCCAUCACCAGCAUGACCAGAGGUCAUUCAGGAAAUUACUGGUGUACUCUCAGACAGUCAAUGCUGCCUUAGAAAUCAGAUGUUCCCCUGUGGACAGAGGGAGCCCCAAGUUCUUGACAUCCGCUGGAAGUUUCAAUCCUGUGAGUGUCACACAUGAGGACUGCAUCAAAGCUUGUGGCCUCCUUGUGGAUGAUAUCAACCAAGCUGGAUUAAAGUCUGGUCAAUGCCUCUGCACCAACAUCAGCUACACACUCACUGAUCCUGUCUCCAACAACUGCGGUCAGCCAUGUGGUGGAGACACGAAUCAGGCCUGUGGCAACAGCACCCAUAUUGCUGUCCUGUCUACCCCCGGAUCAUGGGUGGACGUCCACAUCACCGAACCCGCGCAACCGGUCAUCUCUGGGCAGGACAUCAGCUUGGCGGUCACAGAGACCCUUGGUGAUGAUGUCCUGAUAGCGUUUGAUGUAGGGGAUGGAAGCUUGCCCACUGAGUUUUCCUCAAGCAGGAUGACCGAUCAUGUUUAUUUGGCCAGCGGGGAAUUUCUUGCUGUGGUCACGACACAGACAAAUGCAGUGGUCAAUGGGUUUAAUGCUUUGCCAAUUAACGUGGCCAUGGAGAUAACUGAUGUUUGUCUUCGAUGUCCGGUUGCCGUGGAGAUUCUAGUACCGUUUGAGUGCAGUGUUGAGGUCUCACAGGGCUCGGAUGUCAGUUUGACUCUGACCGUUGGAGAUGAGGUCCAGCCGACGCAAAUACUUGGAAGUCCUCAAUUCACCAUGCUCGGAGUGAUUGGCCAGAAUGGUUCCGAUGUUCAGGACCCUGUAUCCACAUGGUUGUUACCAGGAACUGAGUCUUUACAACAGAGUGCCAGACUACUUGCUGUGGAGGGGCUCAUCAUCCUGGUCGGUGAUGGAUCAUUCACGUUGAUGAUUUUGAAACCAGUGUGCACUGGAGUAGGUGAAGAGUUUUGCACAACUGACAACAUCUGCACAAGUGUCCCCUGUGAUACUUGUUCGUCCGCCUCACAGUUCUACUGUCUCGCUGAGAAAGUCUGCACAACCCCAAGCGAGGCGCAAUCACGUCUCAAUCCAAGACCUGACCGAUUCAGCGAAGAUCCGCAAAGACCAAGCUAUGAGAUUGUCAAAUCCGUACCGAUGACUGUGGCAUCUCUGGGAGUGUUCCGAUACAUCUUCACAGACCCCGUUUGCGAUUUAUUCCCUGUGGGCAUCGGUUACAUCUUGGGUUUCAGCGUGACAGCAGGCGGGGCCCGGAUUGGAACUGAGGUGGAGGAGUCGGGAAUGACCAAUGUGUCCAACAUAGAGUAUAAAUCAACUUCUCUAGCUAGUCUUGAUGUAGGCACCACCCUGCAGUUGUCAUCUUUUGAACUGAACGCAACUCGGCAUCUCCUUCGAGCUGUUGUUGUGUCCCCCCUGAUAAGCCGUAGUCAGUUUAGCAUCCAAGAUGGCGGUGAAUAUGAGAUAUCAGCCUCCGUCGUUUACACUGUCAACCCAUCUGGUGUAAUGAACUCUACUAAUGUGUCGGCUAUUAUUCCUAUAAAAGGUCUAUCGCAUACUGACGUUAAGAAUAGCAGCAUACCUAACAGUGAGAUUGCUGCUACUAUAUGGGUGCAGAAUGGUAGCCAUAUACACUACUACAUCGACUGGGGUGAUGGUACACAGAACGUUGUUGACAUCCUUGACACAACUCCGUUUAAUGAGACUCACAGCUACACUGUCGUUGGUAUCUAUGAGCUGAAUAUAACAGCUAGUAAUCUCUUCAGCAAUGAAACCGCUCUGAACACUAUCAUCAUCCAGAAUCCCAUCAUCAAGAGUCACUACGAUAUCACGACAAACAGCCCCCAAGCUGUAGACGGCACUGGCACGCGUGGCCCUGUUGUGGUUACCAUACAAUUGACUAAUCCAUCAGGAGAACCCGUGGCUACCUCUUCUGAGGCCACCUUCACAUGCAUCGAGGGGGUACAAUGUCCUUCUGCAGACUUCGCUGACCUGUCCAGCCUGACUGUAGACAGAGAGUCUGAGACCCACAUGCUUUAUUUUACUGAGCAGGGUGUAUACACCAUUAACAUCACAAUCGCUAAUCUGGUCAGCGAGGAGAGCUACAUUGUUAAGAUUGAGAUAUUUGAGACGCUAACUGAAGUCAUAGCAAGGACCAAUUACAAGCCUUCUUCAUCGGCCUCAUCUGUGCGAACACCCGGCUAUGGGAACUUUAAGAACACCUUCCCGUUGGAUCGACCAGUAAUCUUUCAAAUGAGCUACUCAACAGGUUCCAGUGUGAGUUACAUCGUUGAUUUUGAUGACGGUUUAGAGCUGGGAAACUACACACAUGAAAGGAAAGGGGAGACAUUCACAUUUGAGCAUCAAUUUCCCAGGACUGGAACAUUUGAUGUAGUCCUCACGUCCAGUAACCCAGUCACCCCACCCGAAGAUCUGAGCUUCACAGUCCAGAUCCUCCGGCCAAUCAGAGGCAUCCACAUCCUUGACACAAAAGUCACGCGCAUCAACGAAACCCGCAACCUUACCCUCACCAUGGAUGACAUCGGAACAGCAUCAUGCCUCAUUGUCAACUUCAACGACAACACGCCGAGUGUCGCGUACGGUGAGUGUGCUCCUCAUCAUGGCAAUAUUCUUGGCGAACUUUCCUUCGAGAUCCUCUUAUCGCAUAAGUACACCGAACAAGGGAACUUUGACGUCCUGGCGUAUGGAUGGAAUACCCUCUCAUCGGAGAACGCCUCUAUUCUGAUCCCGGUCAUGGAAGCCAAGAAGCAUUGUGGUCUACCGACAACUUCAAUACAGAGCCCUAGUCCUGGAUGGUGGCUGCCCAAGGUCAGAACACGUAAAGAUCGUCUCAGCUUCCUUGGGGUCACUAAGCUAGAUUGCUGGUUCACAGACAACACCAAGUUGUGGACUUUACACAGAGUGGACCCACAGACCGGCAUUAUUGGGGAGAAUGUAACAAGUAAAUUGGAGCAGCAUGGUGAUACAGUGACACUGGUCAUUAAAGAGUUUGAUUUGGACGUGGACUUGUACCGCAUUGGCUUUAAAGUCACCAUGAACAAAUCGUUGACAGACAACAUUGAGAUUUCGGCUGUUGCGUACGACUACUUCGAUAUUCAACGAUCAAUGUUGAUCGUCGCCCUCAUUGACAGUGAGCUGACAUCAUUUGUCAAAGCGUGGGGUACCAGCUUGGACCUGAUACCAGGGAUAGUGUCAAGGGAUCCAGAUUUACCUCCUGGGGAAGACCAGGCAUUUGAUAACAUCACCUAUUUGUGUCGACGCAAGGGUGAACAGUGGCCAUCAACAAAGGUUCCCAUUGCCAUUCCUCUGGAGAGAAAUGAAUCAGCCAAAAACAUCAACAACACUGGCUGUUUUGGCACCGGGCCUGGAAUCUUGGAUCAUUUUGAUGAUACUCUGAGCUGGAAUACAACAUUGUUGGAUCUGAAUGUUGUCUUUGAGAUUAUGGUCGUCAUCAUAAAAGACGUCCGAAGAGGCAACUUCUCCUUGUUUGUGGAGGUUAAAGUUGGAGACCCUCCUCAAGCAGCAAUUAAAAUUGGUGAUGGUACUAUCUUUGCCCCGGGCGACGGAGUACAAAUCAUCAACCCUACCAGUAGUGUCCGACUGAGUGCUUCUUGCAGAGAGUUCUGCGUUGGAAUUGUGUAUACCUGGGAAAUGCAUGGGAUUAAUUCAGCAGGAACCGAUGUGAAAGUGCCUGGAUGGGAGACACUAACAUCAGGGAAUAAGGAACAUCUUUAUGUAGAGAAAGAGCUCUUCCAACUGGAACCUCGCUUCUCCGUCUACCAAUUCACCGCCAACCUGCGCAACAUCCAGGGUGGGCAGGGGUACGCUGGGCUGAAGAUUCGACUGAAUCAACCCCCCGCUGGAGGCUCAUGCAAUGUCCCAUCACAUAACCUCACGUUAGGGGUAGCAGUGAGGGUAAUGUGUGAGGAGUGGAAGGACUAUGAGGGUAUAGUCAGCUACAAAUUCUUUGCUCAAGCUAAAAACUUACAAGGAAAAGUCAUCUUGUUAACAAGUGCAAAAACCGUCGUUGAGUUAAACCCGCCUCUUGGCCCCGAGACUGACGACUACAAAGUCUCUCUAGGAGUGACUGUUGAGGAUCUGAUUGGUGCAUCUACUACAGUCAUCUUUGCCAAUGUUACGGUUACUCCACCCACUGCUAAGAGAUCUGAGAACUUCACUGCAGAGCAAGAGGCACUGUACGAGACCCUUAAGGCUGAGGGUAACCCAGAGGUUAUUAACAGCCAGUUGAUUCUAGAUGCAUCAUUGCUGUUUGCUGCUCCUGUAACCACUCCGUCACAAGAUGCUGUUGAUAACUCUACAGAUUCCUCAGUUAAGUCACAGGAAGAGCUACAGAAAGCUGCAGAGGAGAAAGCUGCUGCUAUUGCUGCUAAGACUGAGGAAGUCACACGGAUGGCUGAGUUAGUGUCCAGUGUGGAGUAUACAAGCUCGGAGAAUGUCAUCUCAACAGCUAGUACCCUGUCUCUCAUCACCCAGGAUCCUACAGUAUUGUCACCUAAAACACUGGACUUAAUGACUGGAGCAGCUGAUAGCAUGCUUAGCAUCAUUCAGGACGAUGCUACAGCACCUGCUGACGAAAACAAAGUCAACCAAGUCGGUGCAGGCAUUGUGUCAAUUGUUGGGAACUUGUUUGCGGGAACUGAGCAAUCUGUGAUUGGAACUCCUGCAGGAUCCAACAGUAACCCUACUAGCAGUCCUGGUCAGAAUGCUAGUCCAGAAGAAGAAGAAACAACCAAAGCCAGGGAACAGACAACGAAGACUCUGAGCAAACUUGAGGGGAUCAUGGAAGGUAUCUUCUCUCUUGUGGUGGGCGACAAAAUCCCCGGGGAGCCUCCUACAAUCUUCUCCUCGCCUAAUCUGGAGCUCCGUGUCGACCGCAAUACAGCAGGUGCCAUUGCAAAUAAGACUAUGUCUGACUCAGUCGGGAAUGUGAAGUUAACAGAUUGGUGUCACCUGACAGGUCAGGAGUUCAACUGCUCCACGGAGGAAACAGUAGACAUGAAGUUACAAUCAACUCCAACAAAUGCCUACAGUAUCUAUCCAGGGGGUAACGCCGAAUCCUUCAACGACGGCGGUCUGGUCAAUCUCACCUUCUUCGGCAAUGGCAGCCAAGAAAUCCAGAUCCACAACUUGUCAGACGACAGUCUGAUCGACAUCAACUUCAAGCAGGUUGAAGCCAGCCUGGAUGAGGGGUUUACUUUUGUCGAUGUGUCAGGGGGAAAUUACACACUGAACCAUAAGUUUAUCUUGGAGGGGCCUGCUGAGACAGUGUUCAUCCAAUUCCGGCCGGAAAACCAGUCCGCCGUUUAUGCCCUCCUCGUGAGCUCUGAGACAUCGCCGUCGCUAACAGAGUACGACUUCUUUUAUCUGUUGCCGAAUGCGAGUGAGACUGAAUUCACAAGUUCACCAGCAGCAGAGGAUGUGGACAAUGUGGACAACGACCCCAUCCACACAUCAACUAGCAGCUCAUUUUCAAACUCAACUGAAAACUCAACUAGCGCUGCAUUUUCAACUGAUGGUUGGACUACAAGUACGUAUUCAACUUUGGAUUCCACCACAGAACCCACUGAUAUGCCAACUAGCAGUGCAACAACCUUUUCACCACAAGAACAAAAAACUAAAAAACUUAAACCAAAGCAUCCCCAUUGGACCUCAACAGAAGGAGUCACUACCUUAGCCUGGUCAACUACCCCAGAUGUAUCAACUACUGAUAAUCCAUUAACCAGUAAUCAAUCAACCAGUUUAGCAGUGACCAGCGAUCCGGAUGGUACAGAUUCUGCAGACGCCCUCACCACCUCAACCUGGUCAACUACCCCAGAAUCAUCAACUAGGGUUAAUCCAACAACUAGUAAUUGGUCAACCAGUUCACCAGUAACUAGUGAUCCGUUGAGUGGAAACUCAAACUCUGCAGGAGUGGAUACAGAUACAGAUUCUUCAGACCAAAGUGAUGAGGUGAUCACUCACACUGUCUCAUUCGGAAAAGAUUCCCACAACGGUAAAACUGGAUCAUACAUCUUCAGACUGGCCGAGAUGGCUCCCGAUGGAGCGCUGGAAGAAAACUUCACAAUGAAUUAUUCCUUGAGAGUGAUCCAGGCCCAGUGUGCAUACUUUGACAUCAAGAACAACACUUGGUAUACAGACGGAGUAAAGAUGGUUAUGAACAACAAGACCAAUCUUCCAGUCUGCCAGACGAGUCACUUGACCCCAUUCGCCAGUAGCUGGGUCGUCAAGCCGGCCCCACUGAACUUUGAGACUCUCUUCAGCGACGCCUCCAUCUUGGCCAACCCUACAAUCUACGCAACAUGCGCAGUCAUCUAUACUUUCUUCUUCUUUGUCUUUGUGUGGGCACGACGUAAGGAUAAGAAAGACAUCUUACAGCUUGGUGUGACUCCAUUGCCUGAUAACAAUCCGAGCCACUCCUACCUGUAUGAAAUGGUGGUCAUAACAGGAAAGAGAAUGAAUGCCGGCACAAACUCAAAGGUGAGCUUUGUACUAUCUGGAGAAGAUGAUGAGACAGACACAAAGAGUCUUGAAGACACAAAGAGGCAGACUCUGCAGAGAGGUUGCAUCGACCGCUUUCUACUGGCUACUGCAAGACCUUUAGGCACUUUGAACUACAUGCGAGUGUGGCAUGAUAACUCUGGUAAGGGCAACGCACAGAGCUGGUACCUUAGUUACAUUGCAAUCAGAGACCUGCAGACUAAACAACGUUACUUCUUCAUCUGUAAUGAAUGGUUCUCAGUGGUGGAAGGCGAUGGACAGGUUGAUCGCCUGCUCCCCGUCGCCGGCAAAGAGCAGGUGCAGGAAUUUGGCCACGUCUUCAGCAGCCAGACAGGGAAGAAUUUCAACGACAGCCACCUGUGGGUUUCCAUCUUGACCCGGCCACCAGGUAGUCGCUUUACCCGUAUGCAACGAGCGAUGUGCUGUAUGCUGGCCAUGUGGCUGGAGAUGUUGACCAGUAUCAUGUUCUAUCAAGUCGCUGAUGAGGGGCCCAGCACCAAGCCGAUCAAUCUGGGUGCAUUCAGCUUAUCACCAAAAGAGAUUGCAGUUGGCGUUCAGUCCAAUCUGAUGAUUUUUCCUGUUACCUUGCUGAUGGUUCAGCUCUUCCGCAAAUCUCGUGUCAGGAAGAAACGUCGCUCCCGCAUAGAGGUGGCCAGAGAAGAGCAGGUUAAAAAGAUUGGAAAAAACAGUGUACAUCCCAUCAAGACCAAAGAGGAUCAUGCAAACUGUGACUCGGUGUCAUCACGAGACAUCUUCAUCAUCAACAACGAGAACGAUACCAGUAGAGUGGACAUCGAAGACACCAAGCCACUCUGUAAAUCCAAGCCCAAGCGGCGCCAGCGUUUGAGCUUUCCAUGGUGGUUUGUCUACGUCGCAUGGACCCUCUCCAUUAUCGUUACACUCCUAGCCACAUUUUUCACCUUCUUAUAUGGUCUGGAAUACAAGAACCACAAAGUGACGAGUUGGCUUCACUCAAUCAUCAUCUCUUUCUUCUGUGGAGUAAUGUUGACCCAGCCAAUUAAGGUAGUGUUGGUGUCCUUGUUUAUUGCUCUGGUCUUCAAGAGUCCCAACUCUGAUGAAGAUGCAGACUUGGAGGACGAUGAAGAGGACUGUGAACUGAAGCAGGAUGAGGAGUGGCUUCACAACAUCUUUGGAACCAGUAAUGUUCAUCCAGCGGCCAAACAGCGCCCGGACCCCCAAGCUACCGAGAAGAUCCGCAACCGACGCAUCAAGGAGCUGAAGAUGUACUCCAUCAUCAGGGAGAUCAUGUUCCUCAUCAUCUUCAUCUGGAUACUGUCUGUCUUCAGUUAUGGCAAUCAUGAUCCCUACUCCUUUUGGACCAGAGACUCUUACGUCAAGCUGUUAGUGAAUGGAGAUAGAAACCAUACACUCAUGAAGGCAAUAAGUAUACCCAAGUUUUGGCAGUGGGUGGAAACAGGGCUUAUUCCGGGUCUAAUUGCUGGGAGGUGGUACAACAACAAGGCACCAGGAAUUGACCAACAGUAUUUCCUCGGUGAUCGCUACUCUAAAAUUCUCGGCAAGGUUUACUUCCGCCAGCUGAGAGUUCCAAGAGGGGAGUGUGAAAUACGAUCCAAAAUGAAGGGUAUUAUUAGUGAGUGCAACAUUGGAUACUCGAUGGGACAAGAAGACAAGGCACCAUACGGAGUAGGAUGGACAGCCUACAACCCUAAUGUAACUCAACGUCCCGAGUACAACUAUACAGACGCGACAAAGCUGGACAGCUACCCAAUAUGGGGACGCCAUGCCAUGUACCUUGGUGGCGGAUACAUCUUUGAUGUGGAUGUCAGCAGUAUAGAAGGGGUCAAUGCUUCCAUGAAGAGGAUGUAUGAAGAGGCUUGGAUUGACAGGUACACCCGCGGUCUCUUCAUUGAGAUUUCCGUCUACAAUGCUCAGACAAAUCUCUUCAGCUACAUCAACUUGAUCCAGGAGAUCUUACCAACUGGAGGUUGCUAUCCGUGGUAUCGCAUUGACACCCUGAGGCUGUUGCAGUACAAUGAGGGAAUGGGGUUGGUCCGGCUCAUGUGUGAGGUUAGCUAUUUCGUUUUCAUAGUUUUCAUGCUUGUGAAGGAGAUCCUGUUGGCGAGGAAGGAGGGCAAGAAGUACAUGAAGGAGAUCUGGAACUUGAACGAGAUGUUUAUCAUCGGACUUUCAAUUACACUGAUGGUUAUCUACUUCUACCGACUUUAUAUCACGUCUGCUUUCCUAGAAAAUUACCAAAAGGCUAAGAAGAAUGAGUAUGUCAACCUCCAGUAUGUGGCUUACUGGAAUUUACUGCUUGGAUACAUGCUUGGGUUAGUGGUGUUCUUAAGUAACUGUAAAUUCCUCAAGCUUCUACGAUUUAACCGUCGUAUGGGUAUUCUUUCCAGCACCAUCCGAAGCUGCUCGAAGGAGCUGAUGCAUUUUCUCUUCAUGUUCUUCUUUGUCUUCACUGCCUUCGCUGCGGUGUUUUACCUGAUCUUUUGCAACCAGUUGUACAACUACUCCAAUAUUCUCUUCACCAUGGAGACUAUGAUUACCGCAGUCCUUGGAAAGUUCAAGUUUGGUGAGAUGUUGUCCGUGAGCUUCUUGGGACCCUUAUUCUUCUUCUGCUUCACAGGGUACGUCUGCUUCGUCAUGAUCAAUGUGUUCCUGACGAUCAUCAUCGGAGCCUUUCAUACGGUCAAGGGUGACAUCGACAAGCAGUCCAACGAUUAUGAGAUGGUAGACUUCAUCCUGAACCACUUCACGUCCUGGACAGGGAUCGGCGGAAAGAAAGUCGAAGAGGACCUCCCAAAUCUGGACAUGGAGGAGUACAAGACUGACGUCAAUAACUCCCUGCCGGACAAGGUGGACCAAAUGCUAAACAGGAUCGCCAGGGUCUACUUCGAUGAGGGCACAUUCAAUACGUUUGUAAAGGAAAUGAGCGAUCAGGAGAAAAAGGUGGAAAAGAAGCAGAAGAAGAGGUGUAACCGAAAGAUAUUCACUGCUUGAAACUAACGGUUUUAGAUCACCAGGUACAUUUCUAGAGAUAACAAAUUGCUUACCGACCAAAAUGACUAGUUAAUGGACAAUUUAAUGGACUCUGCUAUAGGGUCAAAUGUCAGGCCAUGAACUUGGUUUUUUGGCAUAAUUACUUACAUGGGUGAGAUCAGAACGUUACAUUGUUCAUUAAGAAUUGAAUUUUGGUAUAACGCAAAACUAGGGUCACUUUUGAGUUAAAGACUUAAACUUCUGACACAACAGAAGUUCUUGUUAAAGAACCAUGCUGAUCUGUUGAUUAGUUACAGUAAUGUUGAUAUUAAUACUGCACUAAUGAUAUGACCCUAUGACAUGUGUCGACACAGCACAAAUUCUGGUCCCAGUUUCUUAGAGCUGCGUAGCAGUAAAUUAUUGCUUAGCAAUUUUCUGCUGAGCAGAAUUGUGAGAAUGUUACCAGUCACAAAUUGUACUUGUGUGACAGGGUUGUUUAAAUAUUAACCAUAUUCUGGUAAGGAUAGGUUUUUCUUGCUUAGGUACUUUUUGCGCUUAUAAGCAGCUCUAUGAAAUUGGGCCCUGAUUUUUUGUUAUGGUGUUACAGUUAUAUUGAUGUUAAUAGUUGUAUACUCCCCGUGUACAUAUUUGAACAAAAUUUCAUCAUUGGUUGCAACGUCAUCUAUUAUAUUUUAAAUUGUAUUAAACAAAUAAGUAUGAGUGUACCUAUGUAAAAUGUUUGUGGAUAUCUUGUACAAAGGAAAUGUUGUAUCAAAUUGUAUUUUGGGGUGAGCAAAUAAGUGAAAACAAAUUUUGCAGUUUAACCAAAUAUUAUGUAUUUUUCUUAGAGCAGUUAAAAUGAAUGAACUUCACAAUGGAAAUUGAGUUUAAAAUAAACUAUUUAUAUGCACUUAAAAACCUUUUGGGACAGUUUAGAUUGCUAAAUGUAUAAAUGUAGGUGAAGUAAAAAUAGAACACAAUUUCAUUAAGUGUUAGACAGAAAAUAUUGCUUAGCAGAUUUCUUUUAAGAACAAAAUUGAGUGGCCACCAGUCGCAACAAUGUUAACUAUAUAAAUUUUGGUUGUGAUGUUAACCUGCUUCUGCUAAGCAAUGUUGUCUUUGAUCGGACGAGUUGGUCUAUAAAAAGCGUUUACAACCGCUUGUUAUA